AGUCUCGCCCCGGUUUAUCCGCAUCUCUGGCUCUCCACUCCCAUGUACGACGGUGCGGCCAAACUCGAGAAGAAUAGCGGACGGAGACGGUAGGACGGAAGAACGCGGAACAGAGGAGCUAAUCUUAAGUGUUAAAGCGGUUCGCUGAUGGAUGCGAAGGAUCCACCCGAGCAACAGGCAGCAGCAUCCAAAGAUGAACCUGUUCAGUUCGAUCCAAGCCGAAUGAUUGGCAUCAUCAAAAGGAAGGCCUUGAUAAAAGAACUUGCUGCUGCUUACCAUUCUGAGUGUCUUGCCUAUUGCCAGGAGCUUCUGCAACUUCAAAGAAAGUGGGAACAGCAACAGUAUAUCGAAAGAAAAACUACUGAGGAUGCUCGAAAACAGAUGGUGAUGAAGCCCUCCAAACGUCCAAAGAAGGGGCUCUAGGAAUCUAUCCAUGGCUUCAAGUAUUCUAUCUGUACUAUAUCUUCUUCCCCAAGCGAAUUGUGUUGUCACUCACCUGUAUCAAAAUUGCGGACAAAUUUCCUGGUCCUUAUAUUACACAUCUCAUAAUUGUGUAAAUACCGAAGUUUCUUAUUUAACAUGCACAUAACUUGUAUGUUUUCUCAUAAAAUGGAGGGUUUCCACCAAAGAGAUUUUAUGCUAA